AUGAUGCCGCCAAACGAGACCCGUGAGGAAGCCGCUGCCCGCUUCCAGGCGGCGUUUUGGGAGCACCAAGACGAAAGAACACCCCACAACAAAAACGAUCCAGCGGGCAAGAAAAACACGCACAAGCACUUGCCCACGCGUGCUCAGCUGGCCGAGUGGGUCGACGCGCUGAAGGACGGGACGGAGAUGCAGUUCGCUUCGGGCCAAGAGCGGCACUGGGCGAAGACAUACCUCAGGCUGGAGGGCGAGAACGUCUUCUGGAAGAGCUCGGGCAACGGCGGAGUGCCCGACAUGAAGGUGCUCUGCCUGGAGGAGUGGGCUCUCCGCAUCUUCGACGCCCACGUCGCCGACGAGGCCGUGCAUCGCGGCCGCGAUGCGACGUACGAGUGGCUGCGCGACCCCGCUGCGGGUUGCAAGAAGCCCCAGGACGCCCCUGCCGGCACGGUGCUCUACAAGGCACCGAUGAAAGAGGUCGUCAUGACCUUCAUCAGCGGCUGCCCCGUCUGCAAGGCCAAGUGCAGCAGUGGCAGCAGCAGCAACAGCAAGAAGCGGAAGGGCGCGCCUUCCCCAACCGACGACGACGACAACAACAACAACAAUCAGCGGGGCGCCUCCCCUCAUCCGCAGAAGAAGAGGGCGACAGGACGCAGAGUCCCCGUUGCCCCCGUUGCCCCCGCCGUCCCCGCCGUCCCCGCCGCCGCCCCCGCUGCCCUGGAUGCCCCCGCUGACCUUGCGGGCUUCGCUGACCUCCUCGCCGGCCCUGCUGGCCCCGCUGACUCCGCUGACUUGUUUCAGUGGAAUAACCGGGGUCUCCCAUUCCAGGUUGAAGAGAACUUGCCGGUUCAAGGCAACUUCUCUUAUGACCUGGCUAACGCCGCCCCCGCUCCCGCCCUCGCUCCCGCUCCCGCUCCCGGUCUGGCUCCAAUUGGAGGCUUUCGCCUGGGGGAUGGCCUCAUCGACCCGGCCCUGCUGCAGGUCGGCCCCUACGCCGAGCCGGAGGCCACAGAGUCCCUCCAGCUCGGCAACCCUACUCUCGACUCUGCUCCUGUCCCGUUCGUCCCGCUCUCGGACGAGGAAUUGGGAAUUGAGGUUGACCGUGCCAUUUGGGCUGACUUCCUCAGCUUUCCCAAUAGAGAGCCCGACAUCUCCAAUCUUCAAGAUGUCAACAUUCCCAAUCAAGAGCUCAACUUUUCUAAUGAAGAGUUGAACUCUUCCAAUCUUCAAGAUACCAACUCUUCUAAUGAAGAGUUGAACUUUUCCGGUCUUCAAGAUGCCAGCUCUUCCGAUGAAGAGCUCGACUUUUCCAAUCUUGAAGAAAGCGACAUUAUCGAUUGGGAUUGCUUUACGUCUUAA